AUGUACAAAUAUUUAGAAAGAAGUGAAAUAUUGGCUUUCAAGAAACUGCAAAACAUUCUCAUUCUACCUUUUAACAAAUCAGACAACAUGUCGGCUCAUAAGUUCGGCCCAGAAGAUGUUGAAGAUCCAAAAAAGUGGGUGACAUAUAAGAUGACCAAAUCGAAAAAUAAUAUACAAAUAAGAAUAUUUAAAGAUUUUAUGAAAGAAAAAUGCUGCACUAAACUGCAGAAUAGGAAUAUGUUGAAUUACUACGUACCCAUAGAAGACCUGAAGCUCUGGUUCUCUAACUGCUUCCCAGGCUUUCAGAAUAAAUGCUCAUUCAUGGAUGUUCAGCCAACUGAACGCAUGCUUAUGCAGUGGAUUGAAACAUCGGAAACGUUCAUUAAGUUGAUGAAUAAGUACUGCGAUAAAAAAAUUGUGAAACUUUAUGGUCAGUUAGAUGAGAAAGUUAGAAAUGUAGAGAAACGCGUUCAAAAAAGAGAUGUCGGAAAUAAAGUUAACACGCAGAACAAAACUAUUUUUGAACAAAAAAUGAAUAACGGGGAGUCUGUUCAAACAGUUUACAAAUACUCACAGAAAAGCAUUGAUCAGAACAACAUGCAACUGAAAAGAGAUAUCGAUGCAAAGUCAAAACUAAAAUACGACUACGACGAUGACAACAACUGGGCCGUCAAAAGAAUGACUCUGAUCUACAUUUUUGGCGGGAUUCAGCUAGUUUUGGAUAUAAUUAUUUUAGCGUAUUUGAUAUAUAGGUGCAGAAAUGUAAACUAUCAGGACGUUUCGUUCACCGAAAGUAAUAACAAUGAAAGAAAAGCCAAAGAGCUCAAUAACAGCAACAUAAUCCCAGCACUUGUUCAACAGCUGCAACCACAGCAGCAACAGCAGCAACAACAACAGCAGCAACAGCAGCAACAACAACAGCAACAACAGCAGCAACAACAAAAUGUUCUUGAAGCUGCCAAGAUAUUUCAAACUCAGCAAAUAAGCGAUCAACCGCAAAACCUUCCUCUCAAAAAUCACUCGAGUGCUUUGGUGCCAAAUUUUCAAGAACGGAUAACUCCAGUUGGUUUGCUUCAGGGUCAAUCGUUUCUUGGAGCGACAACCGCUCCUACACUUACCAUAAAAACGGAAGAUCAAAAGCCCAACCUAGAACACGUUGAUUCAAACAAACGUAAGAAAGGCGGUGUUUCAAAAUUUCUAAAUUUUUAUUCUCGUAAAAAAGGUAAAGACAAACCUAACAGCGAUGGCGAAAGGGAACUUCUGCUAACUGGCGGUUUGGAUUCUGCAACCAACAACAACAACAAAUCAUCCAAGAACAACCUCAAUUCGAGCAACAGUCUAUCGAACGAGUACUUCUACGGCGACGACGACGAAGAAAUUAGUGACGUCUUCGAAGAUGAAUGCGACGAACUGGAGCAAAUAUUCCUGGACCAUUUAUAUCGGAGACUGAAAACUGGCUCUUUUUUUCACUGCCCUACCCAAGGACAAGGCCGUUGA